AUGCUACCCGCCCAGAACCAAGAACCUCAGAACACUCAAAACACAAUGGCCACCGCAACAUUCCAAACCGUUCCGGCCAACGCCAGCAUUCCGCCAUCAGCACUUACCCACCGACGACGGGUAUCGAAUAUUGAAUCUCGUCCUAGGAAGCGCCAAUAUACACAAGAAUUCCAGCCAUACCCGACAGUGGCACCCGGCCUAAUUUCCAGGCAUAGAAAACAUCGUUCCCAACCUGUAAACUUUCUAGACGACCCAACUCUCUUGAUGAGCCCCAAUGGCUUAUCGUACACGACCGCUGCUGCAAGUUCUGCCAUGAUGGGUAGAAAGUUUGGAAACUUCUUGCAAGAGAAUAGAAUACCGGAGGGAAAUGUAACACAAAACCUAGGUGCUAGACAACGGUCAAUGUCUGAGGUAAACUUACAAGGAUUCUUGCAGGACGUAACUGGUGGCAUCACGAAUACCCAAGAUCUUUCCAGCCAUCAAUUGAAUCAGACCGUAACCCCUAGAUCAUUGAGCGGGAUGAACUUCAUGCCUAUCACUCCAGGAAGCCCAUUCGUCGGGAUCCUGCCCCAACAGACACCUACCUUCUCCCAACAGGUCCCCCAGCAAGCUCUUAGCAAUCAAUUCGUCCUUUCUCCGGGUUCUACAGUGAAACCAGCAAAGAGGCCGUUCCCGCCUCUCUCCACUAACAUUAGAUCUAUACCUCCUCCACCCGAUCUAGUGGAGAAGAUCAAAAGUCAUAUGAGAAGGCAUUCGGUGGAUACUACCCCCGUUGUGAGAAAUAUGGAUUCGUACUUUGUAAACAUGGGUUCUACUUCGAGCUUGCCCUCGCCGCCAAACUCAGCACCAUUGGUUACAGCAAAUGCAUUUGAUAUGGCACCAAUGCCAAGUCGUGCAACCACAUCGAUUUCACACAUUGCUGUUCCAGAGGAAGGGAGUUUUGACGACGAACUUGAAGAUGAUGAAAGUUACUUCUCACCAUCAGGCUCAAGCGCUGGACAUAGCCCCGAGUGCCCAUCGAGCCCCCAGAUGCACUCUAUUGAUGGUGUUCUUUCGUCCGAGAAAUUGCACCAGGCUUUGCAAUCAGUAGCAUCUAGACAAACCGGCGAAUCAGCCGACCCCGCUCAGUUGAAGGAAUACCUCGACGAUCAAGAUGAUGAAACUCGGGUCCCGGGUGGCUUUGUCCGAGCAUCUGGAAUUUCUAACGAUGAGAUCUCGGCUUACAUCUCGGGACCGGAGCCUGCCGAUAAUAAAUGGGUCUGCCUGUACCCUGAAUGCCAAAAGCGCUUUGGCCGUAAAGAAAAUAUCAAAUCGCAUGUUCAAACCCAUCUAGGAGACCGACAGUUCAGAUGCGAGGUCUGCAAAAAGUGCUUUGUCAGGCAACAUGACUUGAAGCGACAUGCAAAGAUCCACACUGGCAUCAAGCCCUAUCCCUGCAAGUGCGGCAACAGCUUCGCCCGACAUGACGCACUGACCAGGCACAGACAACGUGGCAUGUGCAUCGGUGCUUUCGAGGGAAUCGUUAAAAAGGUGGUUAAGAGAGGGCGGCCAAAGAAAAUUCGUGCUGAAGGGGAACCUGAAACCCCAAAGAAGAGAAGAAGAAAUAAGAAACGUCCCUCAGAAGGCGGGAUGUCUUCAGAGUCAGGCGCAUCGAUAUCAUCAGGGUCGGAUAUCGGUGCAUCAUCGCCAUCGGCGUGCGACGACAUCGACACAUGGGAAACACCAACAUCUCCAGUAUUAAGACUACUAGAAACAGUUCCGGAGAUAGCACCAAACCAACCUCCAGCCACAGGAAAACGGAAACGUGAAGCCUCAUCCGACCCCGAGAAUGAAGAUGACCACAAGCGAGGAAGGCUCGAUAGCGUUUCCAUUAAUUCUUUUACAGAAUUUGGACCCGUGGAUUUUGGACUUCCAGCCGCGUCUCCACUAUACUCGGCUCCAUCGACGCCGGAAGACAUGUUGGGCGAAGUUUCUCCGACAACAACAACGGCUCCAAAACAAGAUGGUGCUCUCAGGUUCUGUGAUCCGCUACUAAACUCAUUCGACGAAGGCACCAGUUUUACACCUGAGGGGUCACCAGACCUCCAAGUUCUCCACAGGAAAUACGCAAGCGCUUUCAAUACCCCAGAAUGGGAAGGACUUUCUGCCCCAGCAAUUGCAGCUGACGAAGUCGAUCUCCGAGAAAUACUUGGCUUGCCAGAUCUUGAAACUUCAUCUGCCGCAGCGACAGCAUCAACCGAUACCUUUCCGUUUCUCGGCAACGGCAAAGAAAUUCAUAACGAUAUCUCACUCUCAAACUUAAAUACCCUCAACGGUAACUUCGACCUUGGACUUUCCGGCGAAGAGUUUGAUUUCAUUAAGCCAGAAUUACUACAGGAAAGCGAUGUAUUGGAUAUGCAGCUCUGGCAAAACCUCCAGGGCGAAUAUUGA